CAUUUUUGUGUUUUGUUGUGAGGCGGAAGCAACGGACUAAAACAGCUAGAGAGAAGCACGGCAUUUUAUUCAAAUAAUAACCGCAAGAAACAUUUUUUCUUUGCCUUGGAGCUUCAGCAAACAACGUGACAGCUCGGCUAACACAAUAUACAAAGAAUGAAUGGCUACAGCGCUGUUCUUGGACUUUAAACAUUAGCAAUAAGUGAACAUGCACGCUUUCUGUUUUCAAACGUAAACAUCCGCUGAACAGUUCAUGGCCAUGUGUGAGGAGCUACUCUGCUAUGCUAACCGUGUUUGAAAUCUAUUUUGUCUUUCGACACCAUAAGGAGUGCUUUUCUCAGCGAAAGCUCAGCUAUAAUACGACUCGACGGGACAUUUUCAGCGGUUUUCUAAGACGUCACGUUAACGUUACUUGUGAUGCGAAUGGGGUUGAUGUUAGCUAGCUAUGCUAGCAAUCCUGUUUGUUUCAGAUCGGUAACUACAAAACAUGUUAUCGUUUUUGUUUUGUAGUGGGAGAGCAACAUUAAAACCACAAAUCAUAUAUUCAAAUUCAGUCAACUAAGGUGAUACCGAGAACAUUGCACAAGAGGGAAUCCUUAUUAUGGGUCUGUUGCACUUUGUUUUUAGUACAAUUGGGAAAUGCACGGAUAUCAUUGGCCUCCUUCUGGAUUUAAACUUUGUGAUUGUCAGCUCAAUAAUUCAGCUGUUGGUGGCAGUGAUCUCUUUUGUCAAUAGUUUACCCAUGCUACUCACAAAUUCUGUGUUGGAGUGCUGGAAUAUCACUCUAUUUUGCAUAAUCACAAUGAGGGACGGGGUGACUGUUGUGACACACAACAUGGUUGGAGGCUGGUCGCAGUUAAUCGGAGGUGCACUGGAAAGCUUCAAGAUGGUCGGAUACCUGUCUUCGCAUUUAUUGUUUAGGACCAAAGAGCUUCUCCAUCGUGGACUUCUGUCGGGACAUGGCUUGCUACGGCAGGCCUGGGAGGGUUGUGGCAUCGUGUUCAGCCUGUUGCUGUACUUCAUCAACACAAUCAUCAACCUCCUUCUCAUUGGAACACAAAAUUUAUAUGCUGUGCUGGUCAGCAUGGUGGAAGCUGUAUCCUGCCCUUUGCAGAAAGCUGUUGAGUUGACAUUGACUGUGCUUACUUUUCUGUACAGUACUCUUGUGGGCACCUCCAUCCUUUUGUGGACACCAUGCAGACUGGCCAUGGAGUUCCUGGGGUCCGUGUGCCAUGUCUUUGUCAGCGUGUUUCUGCUCAACUCUUACGGGCUGUUGCUCACCCUGGUCAUCAUUGCGAGCGCCACUGUCUACCUGAAUCCUUUACUCGCUCGACAAGGAGCUUUGCAUGUUGUCAAUUACAUUAACACAGUACCCAUCCUUCAGCGACUCCGUUGGACAGUGCACCGUCUCAGAGUGCUUGAGAGGAACGUGUGGCGGCGACUUGCCUGGCAUCGCAGUCGGAUAAGCCUCUGGGGGGUGGCUGCACGAAGAGAAGCUGGCAUGGCUGUGGACAGGGAGGGUGGACAACCAGAGCCUCACCAAGAGCAGCGAGAACCUCAAGCUGGGGGAGACCAGGCGGCGGAGGAUGCACCCCAAGAUGUCCAGCAAGUGGAUGAACCUCUCGACCUUCCUCUCCCCAGUUCCAGUACUCACAGGCCCCUGCGGAAUUGUCUCUCUGAGGAGAGUUGCAAAGGCCCUCCGACUGAAAACCUACUGACGCUUUUACAGGAGCAGGAGGAGAGGAAGAAAUGUGUUAUUUGUCAGGACAGCACUAAGACUGUUGUGCUGCUACCUUGUCGUCACUUGUGCUUGUGUAGAGUCUGCACCAACAUUUUGCUGACCCAACCCAUCUACCAACACAACUGCCCUCUUUGUCGCCACAUGAUACUACAGACCAUGGACGUGUAUAUCUGAUGGACUUGUUUACUAGUCUGUUUUUGUCUCAGGUUUUUUGAGCAGCACUGCUCUUGAUGGAGAAGUUUUUUUCUGUCAAAAUCUAUUUUUUUUCUUCAUUCCACUAAUGACUUAUCUCUACUAUUGAUUGUGUAUAGAUUAAAUAUGCUUUUAUAGAUUCAGAUAUGAUUGUGAUGUUGAGGCUGACAACUUUGACAGUGGUUUAUGUUUUUAUACUCGCUGUCAUUUCUCAUAAUCCGCUUUUGUAUCAACACUAUUUUUGUCAUAUGGUCUGAAAUGCUGUGCAUAUUACAUGAAUGUAAGGUUUGUAUUAAACAAACGCUGGUAUAGUUGUGAAAGUUUUUGUGCAAUAUGGUCUGAAAUGCUGUGCAUACUUUCGGUUUGGGAGAACAUUUGUAUGCUACAAUAGAUAGAAAUGUACAAUCCUUAAAUAAUCCUUACAAAAUGAAUUGUAUGCUUCAAUCUUUCCUAACUGUACAAAGGUUUAAUGGAAACAACAUACUGAUUGGUUAUAAUUUCUGAGAAUUGUAUGUGCAUUUUGCUUUUCCUUCCUUGUAAUCAUUCCACUAAAACUGUUUUGUACACUUAUUGUGACUGUAUGAGUCCUGCUACAACAUCCUCAGACGCCAUUGUACAAUCUGGUAAUGUGUUAGCAAUUUGUGCUCUUUUUGUCAUUUAUUAUUGAACAGCAUUUAGGUUUUUUAAUGGCUCUCUUAACUGCUGAAAUGGUAUUGAUCAGCACAGUUUGAAAUAGAAAUUCUGUUCAUUUUUUUCUUUCAAGGGAUGGUAAUUCAAUUCUUAUCCUGGCUGAUUCCCACAUGAGUGCUGUUUGGUAAAGAACACAGUGUCAGAAAGGCUUUUAGCUCGGCUUAGUUCAGUGAGUGUUGUUACAACUCACUAAUUUGGAAAAAUCUUGUUUGUUAUCUGUGCAUUAGAGACACAAGGUAAAGCUUUGGUCGUUCAUCUUAUUUGGUCUUGUCUGAUACUCCAGUCUGUUUUAUCACAAUAGCUUUGAUCCACAAUUGUAUUCAGAAAGGCACAAAAUGCGUAAAACAAUCAGGUACAUUUAAAAGAGAAAAAACAUUUGCAGAUCCCAUUCGUUCUAAUACUCUUUUCACAAUACUGUCCUUUCAAAAGAAGUGAAGAAUAUUUUUUGUACAAGACUGGAUAAAGUUCCUGAUCAUCUUUGUCAGUGUGAGUAAUGGUAUUGGUUAAGAUGUGCCAACCCAUGGUUGGUUAUACUGUCUGUUUGUUUUAUGAUGGUUUUCAUUAUGUAUAUUAAGCCCAGACUUAUUAGUAUUCUUGUACUACGGACAUGUAUUUUAUAGGAAGGUCUCCAGUCACAGUGUUUGUAGGUACAGAUGAUGUCUGUCUCUUCAGCUGAAUAAUAGCAAAGCUAUUUUCAUUGACAAACAAUAAACAGUAUUUGACUGCUGUU